UUAAAUAUUUGUUGAAACCGUGAUGUCGGAUGUUUAGAAUACAUCAUAAAAAUGUUGAAAUACUGUGACGAAUCUGCCAACGACAAUUUAAAGUUAGCAGUGCAAGAUGGCGGCCCCUGCAAAGCAGUAUGGGCUGAUUUUGCCGCAGAAGAAAGGAGCAUUAAAGACAACAAACCUACAGAAACCGUCUGUGUUUGGGGAUGACUCAGAUGAUGAGACAACAGUUGGGGAAAGAAUACAAAGAGAGGCUAUCAAAAAGAAGAUGAUGAAGCAGACACAUUUAGAAAUGCAAAAGGCUUUGGAACAGGACAGCACUGUAUACGAAUAUGAUGCUGUAUAUGAUGACAUCCAGAAGCAGAGAAAUGAGAGCAGCAAAAAAAUCCUUGGAGGCACUGACAAAAGGCCUAAGUACAUUCACCAGUUAAUGAAAGCAGUUGAAGACCGAAAAAAAGAACAAGAGCGAAGGGAAGAAAGAAAGAUCCAGAAAGAAAGAGAGGAAGAGGGAGAGAAGUUUGCUGAUAAAGAUGCUUAUGUUACUGCUGCCUACAAGCAAAAGCUGGUGGAGCAAAAAGAGGCGGAAGAGAAGGAAAAGAGAGAGGCACAAAUUGAAGCCGCUUUGGACGUGAGGAAACAAAGAGACUUGAGUGGCUUCUACAGACAUUUACUAAAUCAGACUGUAGGAGAAGAGGAGAUACCAGAUCGCUCAGCUAACAAGCCUCAACCCUCUAAAGUUUCAGAAGAUACAGAAACACCACCAGCUGCUGCCUUACCUCCGUCCCAACAUAAUAUUCCAAGUUCAUGCAGCGAUAGUGAUGAUGACAAUGAGCAGAAAUCUGGGUUUAACAAGCCUGGGUCAGGAUCAAACCACUCCAAACGCCAGUACAGACAGAGGUCACCUUCAUCAGAAAGUGGAGAUGCUAGGGAAAAGGAAAGAGAGAGAGACAGAGACAGACAUAAAAAGAGUCACAGAGAUCGAGACAGACACAGAGACAGAGACCGGGAUAGAGACAGGGACAACGACAGAGAUAGACACAGGGACAGAGACAGAGAUAGAGAGCGGGACAACUCUAGAUAUAGGGAUAAAGAUAAAAAUAGAGACAGAGACAAGGAUAGGAACAGUGAACGAGAAAGACACGGAGGCAGAAAAGAUGACAGAGAUAGGAUGAAGGACAAAGGAAGAGAAGAUGACAGGGAUAGGAUGAAGGACAGAGGAAGAGAAGAUGACAGAAGUAGGAGCAAGAAGGAUAUAGAGAAGGACAAGGAGGAUAUACAACAGGAAGAAGAAAAGAAGGAGGCAGAGAAGGCUGAGGCAGGGACUAGCAAAGAUGUAGAAAAACAAGACAUAGAACAAGCCCAAGAUCCGGGACAGGAGGUAAAAGUGAAUAAAUUUGCAAAACGCAGCACAGACCAGACUGUAAGCUCAGCCAGAGAAAGGUACUUGGCCAGACAGAUGACACGUGUAACAAAUAAGAGCUACAUCGAGAAGGAAGAGGACUGAAUACUGUCCUGCAUACAAGACGUGGCUAAAUACAACCCUGGUUCCUCUUUAGAUAAAGCUAAUAUUUCAUGUUCCCAAAAAAAAUUCACCUUAAGAGUUGCUUUCUUUACUGCCUGCAAUUCAAACUUCUCAUCUGCUCUGGAUUCAUAUUCAUUUGGUAGAUUUUCAGCUAUAGAUCAAUGUACAUAACAGUGACUUGAGGUUUUCAGUAUUCUUCUGUUUUAAUAACUGUCAUCUAGGAACUACUGGGGCUUUUUCAUGUUUUAGUACACAAAGAGGAUUGGAUAGUAUUCAUUUAAUCAGGAAUAAAAUUGUAAUAAUAAUAAUAUGGUUCUAAGAAUUAAUUUUUCUGCGCAAAUGUGUUGUUGUAACAUACAGAAUAUAACUUGUGAUGAUGGAGAUUGAUUAGGAUGUAUGAUUGUUUUGGAAGGAGACAAAAUAAAAUGAAACCACUCAACUCCA